UCGUCACUGCGGGUUCCGCCGCCUGCGGAGCUUCGGGAGCCGUCACGGAGGCGGCGGGGACGGCGCCUGGCCUCUGGCGGGGCCACCAUGCUGAGCUCCCGGGCUCAGGCAGCCAUGACCGCGGCUGACAGGGCCAUCCAGCGCUUCCUGCGGACUGGGGCGGCGGUCAGAUAUAAAGUCAUGAAGAACUGGGGUGUUAUAGGAGGAAUUGCCGCUGCUCUAGCAGCAGGAAUAUAUGUUAUUUGGGGUCCUAUUACAGAGAGAAAGAAGCGUAGAAAAGGGCUCGUGCCUGGCCUUGUGAACUUAGGGAACACCUGCUUCAUGAACUCCCUGCUGCAGGGCCUGUCUGCCUGCCCUGCCUUCAUCAAGUGGCUGGAAGACUUUACCACCCAGUACAGCCGGGACCAGAAGGAGCCCCCGCCACACCAGUACCUGUCUCUAACACUGCUGCACCUCCUCAAAGCUUUGUCCUGCCAGGAAGUCACUGAGGAUGAGGUCUUAGAUGCAAGCUGCUUGCUGGAUGUCUUAAGAAUGUACAGGUGGCAGAUCUCAUCCUUCGAAGAACAGGACGCUCAUGAAUUAUUCCAUGUCAUCACCUCAUCACUGGAAGAUGAGCGAGACCGUCAGCCACGGGUCACACAUCUGUUUGAUGUCCACUCCCUGGAGCAAUCAGAAGGAAUUCCCAAACAAAUAACCUGCCGCACAAGAGGGUCCCCUCAGCCCACGUCCAGUCACUGGAAGUCCCAGCAUCCUUUUCAUGGAAGACUCACUAGCAAUAUGGUCUGCAAACACUGUGAGCAUCAGAGCCCUGUUCGCUUUGACACCUUCGAUAGCCUUUCACUCAGCAUUCCAGCUGCCACCUGGGGUCAUCCUCUGACCUUGGACCACUGCCUUCACCACUUCAUCUCAUCCGAGUCCGUGCGCGACGUUGUGUGUGACAACUGCACAAAGAUCGAAGCAAAAGGCACAUUGAAUGGGGAGAAGGUGGAACACCAGAGGACCACGUUUGUUAAACAGUUAAAACUAGGAAAGCUCCCCCAAUGCCUGUGCAUCCAUCUGCAGAGACUCAGCUGGUCCAGCCAUGGCACGCCCCUCAAGCGCCACGAGCAUGUGCAGUUUAAUGAGUUCCUGAUGAUGGACAUCUACAAGUACCGCCUCCUGGGACACAAACCCAGUCUGCACAGCCCCAAGCCCAAGGAGAGCCCAGGGCCUGCACUGGAACUGCAUGAUGGGCUGGCAGCCCCCACGCCAGUUUUGAAUCAGCCAGUGGCUGCCAAAGCCCAAAUUUUUAUGAAUGGCACCUGCUCCCCGUCGUUACUGCCAGCCCUGUCCCCUGCAGUGCCCUUCCCGAUCCCGGUGGUUCCUGACUACAGCUCCUCCGCUUACCUCUUCCGGCUGAUGGCGGUCGUUGUCCACCAUGGAGACAUGCACUCUGGACACUUUGUCACCUACCGCCGGUCUCCCCCUUCAGCCAAGAAUCCGCUCUCCACCAGCAACCAAUGGCUGUGGAUUUCCGACGACACUGUCCGCAAGGCCAGCCUGCAGGAGGUCCUGUCCUCCAGUGCCUACCUGCUGUUCUAUGAGCGUGUCCUGUCCCGGAUGCAGCCGCAGGGGCAGGAGUACAGGUCUGAGGAGUGACUUCCCAGCUCUGAGCCAGGGCCCAGGGCCCAGUCCACACUGUGCAGGACAAAAGUAAAGGUGUGCGGUGUGUGGCCACGCGCAUGCGUGUGUGCGUGCCGCCCCUCUAGACCCUCAGACUUCUGUGUGUUGGAAGGGCAGCGCCACACAGGAGCCAGCUGUGAGCAGCUCUACCAGGGUGCACCGGAAGUGUCCUCGCGUUAGGACAGCACGCGCGUGCGUGUGUGCAGUGUGUAUUUUACUCAUCUGACACAGGUAAAUGAAGAACCCGCAUUCUGGAAGCCACUUUUCUAUAUUGUAACCUGCAGGUGUCCACAGAGAGGAGUUGCUUCUGUGUCACCCUCCACUAUCGGCAUAGAUCCCUUAUUUUUAAUAAGUAGGCCCAUACAAAUUGUUGACAAAUUAUUAAAGGCCAACCAUUUAGAAGAAAAAGUGCCUUCCACGUUCGAUUGCUUCUGCAACCUGUCCCUUGUGAGGCACCCAUGUCUCUCAAGAGGCAUCUGGGGCACAUACCCACCCAUCCAUCUUAGCCUUUCCACCCUUUCCAAGCUGCUUCUGCACUCGUGGCCAGGCCCAUCUGCAGGUUGGCCCCAGGGAACAAGUGGGGCAUCGCUUGCUGCAUUGGCAGCUUGUGAGAUGCUUAUGUGUUGGCUUCUUCCCCUUCAUAUACCAGGCUGGGAGAUUGGAUGGUAAGUUAUUAUAAAACUGUGCUAGCCAGCCUCACGCAGUGUCUCAGAGCCUGUGUAACACCUAGGACCACACGUGGCAGAUUAGGCUGCAUUAGUUCAGUGUUCAGCCAUGGCCCACGCAGUGCUCUGAGUCUAGAGGAGGACCUGGGACAGCUGGAGUAGAUUAGGAAGGAAAGGUGCUAUCAGGCCGACAUCUCUCUCCCUGGACCUGUUUCCUCAUCUGGAAAGCGAAGAAAGCAACCUCUGGUAUUUUAAAGCCUCAUAAAAUGUCAGUUGCUGCCUACUGUUGCUGUUUGGUUCUGGGUCCCUACUCUACAUGAAUCCAUCCGCUCCAGUGGUCCGGUAAGAGUAUGCUGAGCCUUUUCUUCCCUUAGCAGAUAGGUCUUGGAAUGCAGCCCCAGGGUGAAGGAAUGUGAAUGACAUAGUAGUACACAUCUUAGGUUGACCAACUUUUUUAUAAAGGUACCUGGUUCAGGCAGACUCUCCAGAGCUGUGGGCUCAGGCCUCCUGCAGGCUCCACGGCCCCACUGAGCUGUGCUUUCCAGCACUCCACAGGUGCCUUGGCGUGGGCUCAGGAGCAGGGGAAGGCUCACAGGCCCAGACACACGUGAAAGCAGGCUGGACAGCCUGAUGUGUCCGCUGGCCCUGCAGCCCUUGGCUUUGAUGUCAAGUGACACUGGGUGGCCUCAGACAGCACUGCAUAGAGUAGCUGAGCGAGGGCUGGCCUGUCCCUGCUCCCUUGGACCUCAGGCACAGAACGGGGUGUGUGAAGGCACAAGCCUGGGCCGUUUGCUGUGAGCAGACCUCCUCUCAGAGGCCAGCUGAGAGCCAGCAUUGUAAAUGUGAGAGAAAACCUGCCCAAAAGCUAACGUCCUCAUUUUUGUAAAUUAGUAGGCAUUAACAACCAAAUAAUCUGAUUUCUAAUUUUUUAUUUAUAAAGUAUGUAGUCGCUUCUUUCUGAAAAACCUCAAGUUGAGCUAGUUUGUGCCAUGGUGACUGCUGAAUUAUGUAUUUGCUAAAAAGUACUUUUGUAUCUGCUGUGUAUUAUAGCAAUAAAAAGAAUCAUUUUGUUAGGGGG